AUGAGCGGCCCGCGCGUGGACGCCAAGGUGGUGCUGCUGGGCAAGGAGUAUGUGGGCAAGACCAGCUUGGUGGAGCGCUACGUGCACCAGCGCUUCCUCGUGGGACCCUACCAGAACACCAUCGGCGCCGCCUUCGUGGCCAAAGUCAUCGCCGUGGGGGACCGGGCCGUGACGCUGGGCAUCUGGGACACGGCGGGCUCGGAGCGCUACGAGGCCAUGAGCCGCAUCUACUACCGGGGGGCCAGGGCGGCCAUCGUGUGCUACGAUCUCACGGACGGCAGCAGCUUCCAGCGCGCCAAGUUCUGGGUGAACGAGCUGCAGAACUUCGAGGAGAACUGCCGCAUCUACUUGUGCGGCACCAAGAGCGACCUGCUGGAGGAAGACAGGCGCCGGCGGGGGGUCGACUUCCACGACGUGCAGGACUACGCGGAUGAGAUUAAGGCUGAGCUCUUCGAGACCUCUAGCAAGACAGGCCAGAGCGUGGAUGAGCUGUUUCAGAAGGUAGCAGAGGACUACGUGCGCUUCACUGCCUUCCAGCUGAUGACAGAGGAGAAAGGAGGCAUCGACCUGAGCCAGAAGAGCAGUCCCUACUUCUACAGCUGCUGCCACCACUGAGCCAGAGCAACACCCCUGCCAUGGCACAGCCCCUGGUCCUUGCACUGGCCUGGUUUUAGCCGUGGGGCUGCAGAGAUGGGGCCCUGGCCCGGCCCGGCCCUCUGCUCCCAGCACUGGACAGGGACAUGGUUGGGAUGCUGGAGGGGGCAUAGCUCUGCUCUUGCUGCAGGACCCUGUGGCCAUGGGUCCCCUGCUGCUGCCUGCUCCACGGCUGGAUCCCCACCUAGCUCCUCCCAGCACAGGCUGCGCUGGCUGGAACUGCACCCCAGGCCCACGUGGAUUGUCUCAGCUUUUGUUAAGUUAUAGAGAUGUAAAUAAAGUGCGUUACGGUGUGUGA